AUGCCUAUCCGUAACCCCUUCGCCCGCCGCCCUGGCAGCAUCGUCGUCCAGGAUGAGAACCAGCGCCCUGAUACCGCCCCCGGCUUUGAAAAGGUCGACACUGUCGGUUCCAAGGCCACUUCGGUCCUCAGCAUCCGGAAUACCAAGAACCAUGACACUGGCGAGUACAAGAUGAGUGUUGUCAAUGACAGUGGCGUCUAUCUUCCUCCAUCCCCGACCGAGGAGAAAGGACAGUGGCCGCGCAAGUACCUCUCAACCCGCAACUCGACAGACACCCGCAGCAGCUUCGGCGAUAUUGAGCACUUCUCCAUCUCCCGAGAGUCUUUCGAUUCCUACCGCAGAUCAUUUGACAUUUCCGCGCGAUCACCAGUGCCCAACCCAGACUUUCCCCCGCGCCAGAGCCUCGAUUCUGCCCGCCUUCCUCGUCUCCCCAGAUCGGCAGUCGAGCGAUCUUUCAAGCAACCGCCCACCGCCGAGGAACGCUUCGAAGAUGUUGGUCUCGAUGACCACAAGCAGUCUCAGGCCCAGCCCCAAAAGCGCAGCUUCUUUUCCAAAUUCUCCGAGUCCCGCGAAAAGGACACCACCUCGACCCAACCCGCCGUUUCCCGCUUCCUCAUGCACGGCCGCAAGAGAGCUCAGAGUGGCCAGGGUUCAGAGCUUGGCCCCAUGGACAACAACACAAACGCGCCGCCCAAGGUGACAGUCUCGUCCGAAGGCCAGGAGAUGCAAUGA